AUGUCGAAGGACACCAUCCAGCGCACGAUUCUUACGGAGCCUCAGGAUUGGGAUAAGUGGCUAAAGGAGCUUCGGGCCCGUGUGGACAAGACCAUCCACAAGCUCAUCUUCGAACAUGACAAGACCCCCCUUGAACUACCUGAACGCCCCGAAUUCAGUGAUUUCAACGCUGAGGCUGAAAGAUUUGCUGAUCUGAAUGCAGGCCAGCAGAAGGCUUAUUCUGAAGCAUCGAGGGACUACGAAGGUCGCCGAAAGGAAUACCUCUACGAGACGAGGCUCGUCACAGCAGCCCGUACGACGAUUACGGAGACGAUUAGCAAAGCGAAGUUGACCUCCCUUCACGACGACGAGACUCUUCGGGAGUGGUUUGUAAAGCUCGAGGCCUCGACAGCCCCAACGAGGGCUAUAUGA